AUGGAAGCUUUCGACGACGAUUUCAUCGAAGCAGAGGCACUUUUGAGGACUGACCACGAUGUAUUUAUGGAGGACGUCUCUGUUGAGGACCUCCUUGAUCCGCCGUCGUUUCUUAGCUGCCACGACGGGAGCAAUAUCGGAAGCGACGGUGAGGACUGGGGAAAUGACGAGGAGACAGAUCUCAGCCAAGAUUCGCCUCCUCAGGGCAUCGAGGCUGUUGAAGAACUGGUCUUAUCCUUCCUGGGCCAGCUCCAAGCCUCAGUCUUCCAUCCUCCAGAAAGUCGGCAAGGCAGCGGUAGUACCGAAGGGGAAGGUUCAGCGUCCCAGCGCAAGCUAGACAAACCUUCUAGGCGAACACCAAGGAUCCAACUGGAGCUUGCUGACCGCCGAAAAAUAAUGGCAGACGGGUACUCGCCAGGUACACGGUCAAUUUACUACCCAAAGAAUUCACAAAGUCCAAGUGCUAAACCGUUUGCUCAGUUACUCAGGGUUAUGGACUGUAUACACGAGGCACUGAUUGAUGAUGCUCCAACAACGAAGCGAGACUUGUACUACAAAGACGUGUCUCUGUUUAAGUCUCAGGGUGUAGUGGAUAAGAUCAUCGAUGACCUAGCGGCAACGUUCCAUCUCGAACGGUCUGACCUUAACAUGCGUGCUACAUCAAAAGGUCUCGUGUCUGGUUCGAGCCUACGUAUGCACCUGCAUUCUGGCAAAACCAUUGAGGUUACCGACACAGAAGGAAGUUCGGUGCCGGUUGGCGAAGACAUACUGACUUUCACGGUGGUACAUCCUAUCUCAUGGGUUCUCGUUGUGGAGAAAGACGCCGUAUUCCAGACUCUCUGCCGACUCCGAGUGACAGACCACCCUGAUUUUCCAGGGCGAGGCUUGCUUAUCACCGGGAAGGGCUAUCCUGAUAUUGCGACGAGGCAACUUGUCAAGACGCUUUCAGAUAAUUUGCCAGAUACUGUUCCGAUUCUGGCUCUGGUCGACGGUGAUCCGUACGGUUUGGAUAUUCUUUCCACCUAUAAAUACGGUAGCAACAGUCUCAAACAUGAAAACUACAAAUUAGCCGCAGAGAGAGUCCAGUGGGUGGGACUUCGGGUUGGGGAACUCGCCGAUUUUCAGAUUGAGAUGAAUUCACUCAUUCCCAUCACACGACAUGAUGAAAAGAAAGCUCUGAGCAUGCUUUCACGACAAUUAACCUUACCACAAGCAUGGAGGAAAGAGCUAAUGCGUAUGUUACACACGCGUCGGAAAGCGGAGAUCGAGAUAUUGUCCACCGGACGAACCCAGCAAUCUGUUCUUUUGUCAUCAGGAUCGCAGUCUAGCAAAUCAUCUCGCCCGCAUCUGGAUUCGCCAUCUCAGCAAAGCCACGUCGAUCUCCUGGUGUCCGAUUGCAUCAUCCAGACAUCUUUCAUUCCAGGCGCCUCUUCAACCGCCCAGCCUCCUUUGUUGCAUUACCUCAUCGCCAAGCUUUGUGCAGCUAUCAUGACCGUUGAGGUCCGAGGACGCUAA